AUGAAUUAAUUAUAAAUCUCAACUUAAGAAAUUAGCAAAUACAAAGACACAAUUACUUAAUUUCUAAAAGACAAUACUCUUUAUGAUUGUUUAGCUCAUCAUAAUUAGGUAUGAGUGUGAUAAUAAUAAAAGUUGAUUGUUUUGGAUUAGACAUUUACUUGUUGGGAGGUGUUUUAGAUUUUUGUUGAAGACAACAUAGAAGAAUCGCUAUUCUGGAAUUCUGAUAUUUCUAAUUAUGAUGGCGUAUUUACACAUUCAGAUUUGAUAAAAGUACUUUUGAAAUUAUAUGAAAAUGCAUUUCACAAUAAAUCUUCAUGUAUAAAAUUAAAUUUAAUUAAGUGUAAUAGUCUGGACCUUUAUUUAAUGUAAUAGAAGAGGAAAGUGAAGAUCAGGAGGAAAGUACAUAGAAGAAUUUAUCUCAGAAAUAAUAACCAAGGGAACUAAACGAUGAUUAAAAACUAAGAUUAAUUUAUGAAAUGAAAACUAUUUCCAUUAGAUAAUGGAAUCGGAUAUUAAAAGAAGAUGUAAGUUCGUUCUCUCUAUUCAAAUAGAUGGAAUCUUCCAUAGGAUUUAUUUAAGGAAGAAAUGAUGAAAGAUUAUACGAUGCUUGUGUUAAAAUAGUUAAGUCUGGAACUAGUCGUCUUUUUGUCGUUGAUCCAGAAACAUUAAUGUUUUAAGGAGUCAUUCAUCAAAAAGAUAUAUUAUCCUUUUUAAUUAAAGGUUUUACUUAAUAUUUAGGAACAAUAUUAAAAUAAUAAAAUAAUAUUCUAUCUUAACAUUAAAUAAGUAUUAAAGCAUUUUUUUCGACUUAUAACCGAUAAAUAGAGAUUAUAACUUGUAAAGAGAAUGAAACUGUUUAUUAGUAUCUAUUUAACUUUAAUCAAGAGUAUUUUAUACUAUGAUGCAUAAUCAUAAGUCUUAUAUCAUUCCUAUUGUUAAUAGUAAUGAUUAGUAUCUUGGGUAGAUAAAUAGAAGAGACAUCCUUUUAAUUAUAAAAAAUGGUUUAUUUGAGUUGGUAAAUUUAAAUAAUAUAAAAAAAUAGUUUUCUUAGACUGCCUCUUAAUUAUUAGUAUUCUUGUAAAAUGAAAAGGCAAGAAUACCUGCCUAUUAAUACUAUUCAAAACAGUUCUUUAGUAUGGAUUAAACCAUAAAAGAAGUAAUAAAUAUAAAUUAAUGAGGUUGUUGAAAAUUUAGUUUUAUCGGAUAGCUCAGCUUUGAUUUCUUUAUCUUCAAAUAGACAAAUUUAAGCCAUUAUUACAAUUUCAGAUAUUUUGAGAUUCAUUUUAAAAGAUGCAUAUUGA